AUGUCCUCAAGUCCCGACAUUUUACUAGACCUUACGACGCAUUAUUCCAUACUUGGCCUUUCUUCCGAUGCCACCGAGAGUGAUAUACACAAGUCUUACAUGAAGCUGGCUCGUCUUCUGCAUCCCGAUAAAUCAAAAUCCGAUGCCAGCGCAGAACAAUUCAAACUGAUAAGUCAUGCCCAUUAUGUUCUGAUGGAUAAAGAACAGAGAAGCAAGUAUGACAAGACGCUACAUACCAAGGGUCUAUGGGGCUACCUGCCCAAGGGGAAUUUCUACAGACACGCCAGAGCUGCGCAAAAGGAUGGCAAACAUGCCAAACAGGCACAAAAGACGCAGCAGGCUGCGAAUCAUCGCCAGCCCUAUGAGCAGCAACCAUACGGCUUCGGUACGGAAAACUCAAGGACAGCUCAUCCUCACCCCAAAGUUCCGAUAUUUCAGUCCUUUAAUCUGAAAAACUACCAAAGAAAGCAAAGGUCUGCCCAGGAGAGGACGCCUGAUGAGCCUAAUGCGCCAGCUUCAUUCAAGAUGUUCACGCAUCGGACUUCUCAUGAGGCACCGGAGGACAUAGUCGUCAAUGAGCCGAAAGAUGCUUCUUCUCGAUCGACGGAGAAGGCGGUAGAUCAAGGAAGGACCAGGAGCUAUGCUGGGGAAGCAGAGUUUACUGGCAAUUCGAAUGAAGAUAGUAGAAAAAAGGAAGAGAGAGAAGAAGGAGAAGAAGAACUGGAGGUUGAAAACCUGCGAUGGAAAAUGCAUAAGGCGGAUACGUCUUAUACCUCAGACGGGGCACCAGACUCCCCUUUCAGUGAUAAUCAGCAUCGACAUUAUGCCAGAAAGAAACACGAGGCAACGUUACGUGGUCGGCGCUCUGCAUCACCUGUCAAAUCAAUUCCAACUACAGACACUCCCGGUAUGUCAGAGAGCUGGAGUGGUCUCAAAAAUAUUCUAAACAAUUUUCCGUCAAAGGAAGCAAACAUUCAGCACAACAACCAAAAACAUGCAAAAGAAGAAAAGGAGCUCCUGACUUCCUUGCGAAGUAGCUCUCUAAAGGCGCGAAAAGGCUAUGGAGGAAACAUCGGAUUAGAAGAUCUGAGCAGCUCUUUACCGCCGAAUGACGACUUCUUCGAUAUGCAUCAGGUAAGUGACAUUUUAGAUGAUGUACAUACAGUCAAGAGAACAAAGAGAGCUUCUUUCGCGACUGAGAGUUCAGAUAUUGAAAUGAAAUCACCUCCCAAAAGCCAAAUAUCUCGAUUGCAGGUCAAAAAUUCAGCAUAUUCGUCACACACUUCCAGAACCCUGCACAUGCCAGUAAAUGAGCCAUUACCAAAGAUUUAUAAGAAAGAUAUCAUAGCCAUGGACCAGUACAAAAUAAACUCUCAGGUCGCCCAAUUGGAGCUGCCCCAAAUGCCCAUCUUCCAAUGCAACCUACUGGACAGUAACGAAGUGGAGCAUUGCAAGCGAUCGGUAAUCGAAUUCAAUGCCAGAUGCAAUGCUUUAAAACAAAACUUACUUGCCAUUAUGCAUGACCGCCUGAACGCAGACCAGGCGCUUGAUGAAAGGCUUGUCAAGAUCGAAAACGCCGCAAAUUGGGUCUCGUGCAAGGAUUUCGAUUUCGAAGUCGUCAACAAGCUAAGCGAACUACAAAACCGUCAGCGGAUCGUAGCCCAGAGUUUUCUGAGUUUAUUGAAAUCUCUCUACGCUACAGGCCAUUAA